CAUUCAUAACACCAUACUUUCUCUCACCUAACUUCUUAUUCCCUCUCUCUAGCCAUUUAUAUUCAUGUGUCUAUAGAGCUUUAGUUUCAUUUCUUGGUUCUUCGAAAUUAAAAACUAGUCCAUUUUUUCUUGUACUUUCUUGGGGUUUUUUUUUUUUUACUGAGAAAGAAAAGUUUUCCGGCUAGUUAAUUUGAGAGUUUUGGCGGCGGAGAGAGAAGAUCCAUGGCGGAGGAGACUGGUGGAAGGUCUUUGGAGCAAACCCCGACAUGGGCUGUCGCGGUGGUUUGCUUUGUUUUGGUUGCGAUUUCAAUUGUCAUCGAGCAUAUCAUCCAUCUCAUCGGAAAGUGGUUAAUGAAGAAACACAAGAGAGCUCUUUAUGAAUCACUUGAAAAGAUCAAAUCAGAGCUAAUGUUGCUGGGGUUUAUAUCCUUGCUCCUAACAGUAGGACAAGGUCAAAUCUCAAAGAUAUGCAUACCAAAGAGUGUAGGGGCUACAUGGCAUCCAUGCAGUAAGGGCCGGGAGGCCAUCUCAACCAAUACUGAAGCUGGACGCCGGAGGCUUCUGGCGGCAUCAAGCGCCACUGGAAGUUUCCGGCAUAUUCUGGAGGAGACCGCCGUCGCCGCCCCCGCAUCAACUGAUAGAUGUGGCCCGAAUAAAGUCCCAUUUGUGUCAGCUGAAGGGAUUCAUCAACUCCACAUCUUCAUAUUUGUGUUGGCUGUUUUUCAUGUCCUUUACUGUAUUCUCACCAUGGUUUUGGGCAGAUUGAAGAUGAGACGUUGGAAGUCAUGGGAAAAGGAAACAAGAACAGUGGAGUACCAGUUCUCACAUGAUCCGGAGAGGUUCAGAUUUGCAAGAGAGACUUCAUUCGGGCGAAGGCAUUUGAGCUUCUGGACCAAGAAUCCAGUACUCAUUUGGAUUGUUUGCUUUUUCAGACAAUUUGUAAGGUCGGUUCCAAAAGUUGAUUACUUGACGCUGAGACAUGGAUUCAUCAUGGCACAUUUGGCACCUCAAAGCCAUUCAAAAUUUGAUUUUCAGAAGUACAUCAAUAGGUCACUUGAAGAAGAUUUCAAGGUGGUUGUGGGAAUUAGUCCACCAAUCUGGUUCUUUGCUGUGGUUUUCCUACUCUUUAAUACCCAUGGCUUGUAUUCGUAUCUUUGGCUACCAUUUAUCCCCUUAAUUAUCAUACUGUUGGUGGGAACAAAAUUACAGGUGAUAAUAACAAAGAUGGGGCUGAAUAUACAAGAGAGAGGAGAGGUAGUGAAGGGAGUCCCAGUGGUUCAGCCUGGUGAUGACCUCUUUUGGUUUAACCGUCCCCGCCUCAUUCUCUACCUCAUCAACUUUGUCCUCUUUGAGAAUGCCUUUCAGCUUGCUUUCUUUGCAUGGACUUUGUAUGAAUUUGGAAUUAAGUCGUGUUUCCAUGAGCAUUUGGAAGAUGUGAUUAUCAGAAUCUCCAUGGGAGUUAUCAUACAGAUUCUGUGCAGCUACGUUACUCUCCCUCUGUAUGCCCUUGUAACUCAGAUGGGUUCAACAAUGAAGCCAACCAUAUUCAACGAGAGAGUAGCAGCGGCUCUACGAAACUGGCACCACACAGCUAGAAAACACAUCAAAGAGAUCCAGAAGUCCGGCACCGUGACCCCGAUGUCGAGCCGCCCUGCAACACCGUCCCACCACAUGUCUCCUGUCUACCUCCUCCGCCAACACAAAUCUGAGAUGACCGACAGCCUCCAUACAUCCCCAAAUGCAACAAACUUCGAUGCCGAGCAUUGGGACACCGACGGAUCUGCCUCCCCUUCGUACCACCACCCCCACCGCUACCAAAGGGGUGGUGGUGAUGAUGGAUCGUUGUCACAUCACCACCACCAUCACAAUAUUGAGCUUGGUUAUAUGGACCCUGAUGUCCACAACAACCAAGAGCCGAGCUCGAGCCAAAGCCAAGUGGCUCCAUUGCCACAAACCGAGAUUGAUAUAGGAUUAGGAAAUAACAAAGAUUUUUCAUUUGAUAAAAGAGCUAGUACUUGAAUAACUAUGAUGGAUUGAAUUAGUUCCGCAAUGCAUUAAUGCUAAGUGUAUAAAAUUAAAAUAUUAAAGCAAAACAAAAAUAUAUUGUCUAAUUAAUUUUUUUUUGGAGG